UUACAAACCAGGAAACUUAAGUAGUAAGAGAGUGGCAUCACAAUACAAACCAGGAACGGGGAUACGCAAUCUGAGAUUCUCUUUUUACGAUUUUCGUAGGGUUUGGAUUCAGAGCGGGAAAUGGGAGUGCUUUCCAACAUGAUCGAUCGGGAACAACUGAAGCCCGGUGAUCACAUUUACUCUUGGAGGCAAGCAUACAUCUAUGCACACCACGGAAUAUAUGUCGGUGAUGGAAUGGUGAUCCACUUCACCAGAGGAGCAGGUCAAGAAAUUGGAACUGGAACUGUGUUGGACAGUAUCCUUUUCAGUUCAUCUCCCUCUCAUUAUUCUGACACUCCAUGCCCGAGAUGUGGCGACCAAAGUACAAGUGAUGGUGUCAUCUCUUCCUGUUUGGAUUGUUUCCUUUCUGGUGGUAAUCUAUAUGUCUUUGAGUAUGGUGUCUCGCCUGCAUUUUUUCUGGCCAAAGCUCGAGGAGGCACCUGCACUCUUGCUCCUUCUGAUCCAACUGAAGAUGUCCUUCGCCGUGCUUCAUUUCUUCUUGAAAAUGGGUUUGGUGGCUACAAUUCUUUCAAGAAUAACUGUGAAGACUUUGCACUUUACUGCAAAACAGGUCUUCUUGUACUCACAAGCCUCGCUGUUGGCCGCAGUGGUCAAGCAGCAUCUUACUUAGCUGCUGCUAGUACUAUAGUUUCAACUCCGCUUCGUUUUAUGACCACCAGUUUCAGUGGUUUGGCAUUGGUUGGUUUCAGUUUUUACUGUGUUGGCCGAUUGGUAUCUGAUAUUGGAGUACGUCGUGACGUGGCCAAAGUUCCAGUGGAGAACCUUAUAGCUUCACCUGCCUUAGGUGUACCAGAGAACACGGCCCAGAUGACUGAGAAGCUUAUAACUUCACCUGCCUUGGGUGUACCAGAGAACACGGCUGAGAUGGCCAAGGAAGAUUAGCGUUGGUUUGGAAAACUUUCAUAUGGAAUGUUAAGCUUGAUUAUUAUUGUAAAUGGUUACAUGUACACAGUUGAAGUCAACUCCCUCCAAUAUCCGUUGUUUUUAUUUGUGCAGAUUCUAUUUAUGUAACAUGUUCUUUACUAACUAUUCUAUCAUUUGGAUAUUACAUCACUUGCAAAAUUUGUGUUGCUACCUUGGUAAUAUAUAAAAAACAGUGGAUUGGCUCUA